UACAACCGAAAUUUUGAAGUGACGAUGACCGUGCCUGCGAGUGAGAAGACAGGCUGAAAUGCCCUCAGGCUCAGCUCUCAGCUGCCAGCUUUCCGGACAUGGACCGUCACAUUGGCUGCUGAGGCUGUCGCUGUCAUUGGCUCGACCUGCAUCGACCACAUCGACCCUUGCUGCGACCGCAGUCAUGGUUGCCUCAACCUCAGCCUCAGCGCUUAAGCUGGGUGUAUCUGCCUUGUGGCAGCCAAAUGGCAUGCCCAUCCCCCAAAGUUGCCCUCAUCAUCGAAUUCUUCGAAGGCUCAAGGUUUGAACGCAUCUUUCCACGCGCUGACGACAGGAAUUUGCGACUGCGCUCGCGCAUUUGAUGCCCUGGCUUGCUCGUAUGCCAUCCAAUCUCCUUGACGAUAUCCUUGCAGAACGAACCGAUACGAUCUCCUUCCCGACCUCGCUGAACAUCCACGGUAUCUGACAAAAUGGCACCCCACCCGGAGCCACCUCGCAGUCGGCGUGAGUUCAAGAUUGCUAUAAUAUGUGCACUACCACUGGAGGCAGAGUGCGUCCUGGCGAUGUUUGACAAAACAUGGGAUCACCCAUUAGGAAAGGCUAAGGAGGAUUUGAAUGCUUAUUCGCUUGGAGUAAUUGCAAGGCAUAAUGUCGUGCUUGCGCACAUGCCAGGCAUGGGGAAGGUGUCUGCAACCAGUGUCGCAGCGGGCGUUCGCUUAAGCUUUACCAGCAUCGAAUACGCGUUUGUCGUUGGCAUCUGUGGCGGUGUCCCCUUCAACGGAAAAAGGGAAGUCAUACUCGGGGAUGUGAUUGUUAGCCAACUGCUUGUGCAAUAUGACCUCGGAAAGCAACACCCGGAAGGAUUUGAGACGAAGACUGCCGCGGAAGACUCGCUUUCCAGACCUAGCCAGGAGAUCCGAUCGUUGCUAGCCAAAUUGAACACUUCGCACCAUCGAACGCUGAUGCAGCAAGAAAUCACAACCCAUUUGCUGGCCAUCCAGAAGACUUUGCCUGAGACGGCCUAUCCGGGCUCGGAAUCCGAUCGCCUCUAUGAUGCGUCAUAUCUACACAAGCAUCGAGCAGUCGCUGACAACGCGCCAUGCGUUGCCUGUGAAAGCAGUCCUGAGCACAGGUGCCAGGACGCGUCGAAGAUGAAAUGUAAAGAUUUGGGAUGUGAAGAAUCAGAGCUGGUGCAACGCGAUCGUCUGUCAAAAGCCAAAGUGAGUGACAUCAGCUCCUCAGAUGGAUCCCCACAGCUACACAUAGGGCGAAUUGGGACUGCAGACACGGUGCUGAAAUCCGGAACCGACCGCGACCGCAUUGCCAGAGAGCACAGCCUUAUCGCAUUUGAGAUGGAAGGGGCUGGCGUCUGGGACUACUUUUCGAAUAGCCUGGUCAUCAAAGGAGUAUGCGAUUAUGCGGAUAGCCAUAAGAACAAGCAGUGGCAGGACUUUGCUGCAGCUGCAGCAGCUGCCUGUAUGAAGUCCUUCUUGAGGGAAAUAGGGACCCCAGAAGAUUCUUAUGAGUAUGAAGAGCCCCAACGGUCCCUAUGGUACAUGCCUUUCGAGCAAUCGGAUCUAGAGAGGCUUGUUGGCCGCACAGACAAGCUUGAAGCCUUAGAACACAAUCUCUUCCAACGUGGGCGACACUCGAAAACUGCCCUUCUGGGCCUGGGUGGCGUAGGGAAAAGUCGACUCGCAAUGGAAGUUGCAUAUCGUACGAGAGCUCCACGCCCAGACUGCUCGAUUUUCUGGGUCCAAGCAACAGACUCCCUGUCAUUUGAGAGGGAUUACCUUGCAAUUGGGAAGCUGAUGCAGGUCCCGGGUCUUGAACAGAGCGGGGCUGACGACAAAAGUCUUGUGUGCAAAUUCCUCAGCCAGCAAUCCGCUGGCGAAUGGUUACUCAUACUCGACAAUGCAGACGAUCCGGCAUUGUGGGCGGAGAAAGAUCCAAGCGCAACAGACACAUCGUCUUCCUUGAUCGAACACUUACCUAAAAGCCGAACAGGGUCAAUACUUGUCACGACGAGAAGUAGGAGAGUGGCUUCACAUCUAGCAGGUAAGGACCUUGUUGAGUUAGAUGACAUGAAGGUCGACGACGCCGAACAAAUGCUCAAAAACCUGCUUGAGAAGCCGGACAUUCUCAACGAUCGUGAGAGUACACGACAGCUGCUGCACACCCUAACAUGCCUUCCAUUGGCCAUUGUCCAAGCAGCGGCUUAUCUCAACAAGAAUGACGAGUCGAUCAAAACAUACUCGAAGCUGCUCCGGCAGCCCGAAGACGACGUCAUUGAACUUCUCAGCCAGGAUUUCAAUGAUGAAGGCCGAUAUAAGACAGCACUAAACCCCAUCGCAACCACUUGGCUGGUAUCUUUUCGGCAGAUAGAACAACAGAAUCGUGUCGCCGCUGAUUACCUAGCUUUUGCGUCCUGUUUAAGCGAGAAGAACAUACCACGGUCUCUCUUUCCUCCGGCCGAAUCUAUGAACGGAAUGGUUGACGCUCUUGCGGUUCUCAGGGGUUAUGGCUUUUUCAGAAGGCAUGAUGACAGUGAUGUCCAUGACCCCGACGGUCCGCUGUACGAUAUGCAUCGUCUGGUUCGGCUCGCCACUCGUAAUUGGUUGAAAAAAGAAGAUACUUUGACGAUGUGGACGGCAACAGCUUUUCAGCAAAUGGUGGCCGCUUUUCCAGGGGUGAGGUGGGAGACAAGAGAUGUCUGGAUGUUGUAUAUGCCCCAUGCACAAAUUUUGUGUGACUCGAAGCAAUGUCAAGACUUACGGGAGCGCUAUAAAUUACUCAGUAAAAUGGCAAUUUGUCUCCACUGGACCGGAAAAGAGAAUGAUGCGGUCGGCCUGCUUGAAAUAGUAUAUCGAUGGGCUGAGCCUACUCUGGGCGACGACGAUGAAUUCAAGAUCGGAGUUUGCUUUAGGCUGGGAGAUUAUCUAGGCAGUCUGGGAAGAUAUUCUGAAGCGAUGGACUAUGUGAGUCGAGCCCUUCAGAAGAGCAGGGAAGCCCUGGGAACGGAACAUCGGAUGUCUAUCGAAUGCAUGGUGAUUAUGGGCAAGCUCUAUAGCCAGCAGGCCAGCUGGCAACAAGGAGAGUUGAUACUGAAGGAAGGAAUAGAGGCUGGGAAGAAAGUGUUAGGACCUCAGCAUACAGAAAUGUUAGCGGCCAGUGCGCAACUUGCACAUGUCUAUGUGAGAACUGGUCGACAUGGUGAAGCAGAGACAUUACAAAGUGAGAUGGUUGAAUGGAGUAAGAAAUAUCAAGGGCAUGAACAUCCGGACACUUUGAUUGCCAUGUUGGAUUUGUCUGAGACGUACCGAGUGCAAGGUCGGCUUAAGGAAGCCGAGAAACUCAGUCUGGAAGUAUGUGAAGUGACUGAGCGAGUACUUGGGCCUGAGCACCCCGGCACGUUCGAUGCUCUCUACGGGCUUUCCAGGGUAUACUACGAGCAAGAUCGGAUGGAGGAGGCUGAAGAGAUCGCUUCAAAGUGCUUGGAAAACAGGUCAAGACUGCUAGGCAGAGAAUAUUGGCAGACAAGAGAAUCUAUGGAACUUUUGGCCUGGAUACGGAAAGAACAGGGUCGGCUUGAAGAGGCCAUUGAGCUGAUGAGAGAAUGCGUGGAGGCUUCCACUCGGACUCUCGGUUCGGAGCAUUGGUUUACAAAGGAGUGUCCAAAGACACUGGACGAAUGGCAGCAGCUGUGGGCAGCGCGAGCAGGAGACGCCUGUCCAAUGAAUACAAUUGAGCCAAGUCCUCGAGUUGCUGAGGAAGAAGUCGAUGAGGUUCCGGAGGAUCGUGAGAACUCUCAUGGAGGUACCGUGUCUUCUUCACAUCAACAGCAGCCGGCUGAGCCGCAAGCAGAGGGACAUCAAACAAAGCGGAAGUGGUCAAUUGGAAGUGCUUCCCUCAGUCAGCCUAUCUCCAAAAAGAGGGCCGAGACAAGCACCGCGGCCUGAGGAACUCGAGUACCGGGACAUGUUUGCAUGGAAAGUGGGACAAUGCCAGUAAUGAAGAUGAGGUCGUGCAAGCUUUUCGCAACAAGAUGGGAUACUUGUUUGUGUUAGCUACGCAUCUUUCUAGACUCGGAAGACAGACGAAUUUGAUGGUAUCGUAACGUUGGCCUCGAAUCCUUAAGCCACCGACGCAAGUUCAGAAUGAUGCUCGG